UAUUACGGCAAACUACCAUUCGAGUGCCACUCAGUUUAUGGUUUUCUUUUUAGUUUUUCAAACUUUUAUUUUAAACUAUUCUAAAACAUGAAACUAUUGGUGAUUAUAAUUUUGCAAAUUUCAUUUAAUUUUGUAAAAUGCUAUCCAUAUAGACUCUAUGAACAUAUUAAUGAUCGUUAUCGAUUUUUUUCUACAGCAACUGUUUAUAAGUAUGUGGCACCCGUUGUUCGUUUUCCAGAAUCGAACUGCGAGGUAUUACAAAUAUGGAUGGUUGUUAGACAUGGUACAAGGUUUCCUUCAAAUAAUAUAAUCGCCAAUAUUUCGGAAUUACAUAAUUAUCUUUCAAUAAAUAAAAUGACAUCCCAGUUGAAAAAUGAGGAAGUUGAUAAAUUAAAUUUAUGGACUUUUAAAUUGAAAGAUGAACAUGCGGAAAAAAUAAUUGAACAAGGUUAUAAUGAUAUGACGUUUUUGGGAAGAAAUAUACGGAACUUAUACAAAGAUAUAUUUAAGGACAAUUUUAAUUCCCAAGAUUUUAAGGUAAUAGUAUCUCCAGAAACCCGAUGUAAAGAAAGUGCAAUUAUGUUUCUGAAUGAAGCGUUCCAAAAAGUAAUUGAUGAAAAUGAACUUGAAAAAAUGGAUUUAUUUGACGCCAGAUUUAAUUUAGUUAAUCGAGUAAAAACAAUGGUAACAGAUUUCGAGACAAACUUCAUAAAUGGUCCAGAAAUACAUAAAGUAAUAGAAAAUGUAGCUCGUAUAUUGGGAUUAGAUAACCUUCUAGAUUUUAAUAUAGUUAAGGCAAUGCACGAUGCAUGUCGAUACCAAAAAGCGAAAGAUAUUAAUUUUGAUUCUCCCUGGUGCGCUGUAUUUACAGAUGAUGAUUUAAAAGUUUUGGAAUACUAUUAUGAUUUGAAAUAUUACUAUUCACACGGUUAUGGAAACAUGAAUAACGUACAAGAAAGUAUGGCCAUAAUACAAGAUCUGAUCAAUAACUUUGACAAUAAAGAUCAAAAUAAAAGCGGUCCAAAAGGAGUGUUUUACUUUGGUCAUACGGCUAAUGUGUUCAGCGUUAUUGUUGGAUUAGGCUACGCCAAGGAUACGAUACAUCUUACAGACACUAACUUCGCAAGCAUGAAAGAUAGAAAAUGGAGAACAUCAUACUUGGAUCCAUUUUCGUCAAACAUAAGGGCUGUUCUCUACAAAUGUGGAAACGAUAUAAAAGUUACAUUUUUCAUUAACGAUGCGCCAAUGUAUGUAGAACAAUAUGACUGUACCUUAUGUUCUUGGGAUUCAAUCAAACAAUUGUUGGAUUCACAAUAUGAUCAAUUAAUACAAAUUGAUAAGUAAUAUUCAUAUAAUUCUAUGUGAAAUGUGGAGGAAAAUUUGUCAAUAUAUCUUUAUAUUAGUGUGAUUGUAAAAAUUGAUUAUUAUACUUUAAGUGUACACUAUUUGUAGUAUA